AAAGAUGGCGGCGUCGGGAUCGACAUCUUUCAUUGAACAUCUGUAGGGGUUCUGUACAAAAAUAUACCUCGUUCUGCGAGGACAUCAAGCCCAAACGUAGCGUGCAAUGUACUAUAUGCAAGGUUAAAAAACAUCACGAUGUCUUGGCGAAAAGGAAUUGCGACGCAUUCGAAAUUCCGGAAUGUUUACGGAGAGCCGUAUCGCAAGGACAAGUGCUAUGAGAAUGUCAGAUUUACGAAGAACGCCUGGGAUGGCACUUAUUGCGCUGUUAAUCCAAAAUUUCUCGCUGUUGUAAUGGAUACAAGCGGUGCUGGUGGUGCAUUCCUCGUCAUACCGUUAGAAAAGGUUGGUCACCAAAAGUUAGACAAUCCCCGUAUUGUGGGACACCAACGUGAAAUUCUUGACAUCCAAUGGAAUCCAUUCAAUGAUCACAUCAUAGCCUCAGCUUCUGAGGACACCACUGUCAAAAUAUGGCGAAUACCUUCAGGUGGAUUAACAGAGGAUCUUCUUGAACCAUUGGUUGACUUGCGAGGACACCAGCGGAAAGUUGGCCUUAUCAGAUGGCAUCCGACAGCCAAUGGGAUAAUUGCUAGUGCUGCUUUUGAUUUUAAAGUGAUAAUAUGGAAUGCUUUGAAAGCAAAGUCUCUGUGUACCAUCGACUGCCAUAGGGACACUAUAUUUGAUUUGGCCUUCAAUUAUGAUGGCAGUAAGUUGGCAACCACCAGCAAAGAUAAGAAGAUACGUAUCAUUCAUGCUCGCACUGGUAAAAUUUUACAGCAAUUUGCUGGUCACGAAAGUCCGAAGACUUCUCAUGUUGCAUUCACAGAUGAACACAGUGACUUUGUUGUGUCAAGUGGUUUUACAACUGGAGGAUCUAGAGAGAUAUCAUUAUGGGACUUGAACAAAACAUCUUCUCCAGUUAAGAAUGACAUCGUUGAUAAUUCUUCAAGCAUAUUGAUGUUGCAUUAUGAUAUGGACAUUAAAGUCGCUUAUGUUGCUGGAAAGGGUGACGGUAUGAUUCGAUAUUAUGAGAUUAGAAGAGAGGAACCUUUAUUAAUCAGAUUAUCUGAGUACAGACAUGCCUCUCCUCAGAAAAGUUUGGGAAAGAUGAGCAAACGAGGUCUGGAUUUUAACCGUUGUGAGUUAUUCAGAUUCUACAAACUUCAUCCCAGCAACUGGAUUGAACCAUUACCAAUGUUGUGUCCAAGACGGUCCGAUGAGUUCCAAGACGACCUGUAUCCACCUAGCCCCAGCAUGCAACCGGCGCUCACAGCAGAUGAAUGGAUAAGCGGCAUCGAUAGAAAUCCCAAUUUAAUUUCUUUCAAAGAUGGCCUCCGUCUUGAUGCUGGAGCAUCGUCACCGACUUCUCCAUCGUCCGCCGAUAAAUACAAUAACAUGUUCAACAAACCAGCAAAGUUUGAAAAGCAGCUUUCAAGAGGGGCAAUGUCCGUCUCAAAUGAUGUCAAUCACGCCGGCUCGCCUACGACAGCCAUCUCAAAGAGUGUGGUAGAAGAAGUUCAUUCCAGUGUAGAUGAUGCAAAAUAUCGGAAGUUGCAACAACGUUUUGACGAACAAGAAAAAGAGAUAGCAGAGCUCAAAAGAACGAUUGCUCUUAGAGAUGACCGAAUUCUAAAACUGGAACGAGAAGUCGCAACGAAGAACUCCGAAAUCGCAGAAAGCAAGGACGAAUUUACGAAGAAAAUUGAAGAACUGAGAGAAGCAAACCAGAGAUUGAAAUUGAAGAUACAAGCAGACUCCAUUGAUGGCAGACGAGGGGAAACCACCAUAGUUAAGAGCAGCCAAGUGAACGUGCAAAGCAUCCCGGAGAGGCCAAAACAGCUUGUACAGGAAUCUGUUAUAUCAUCAAGAAGACGCCAGAUGUCUCUUGAGGAUCAUGAUGUACACCGUGUGUUGGAAGAUGCCCAUAGAGAACUAGCGAGUCCUUCGCAUCGUAGAGACUCUGGAGGUAGAAAUGACCAAUAUGGCCGAAAUACUACAAUGGAUACGACGUCCGGUAGUCCAGGAAAAUCGUACGGUACUAAUGCCCGGGAGGGGUUAUCUGAGGGUAGUAACACCCGAGAUACUUUCUCCGGAAGUGCCAAGGUUUCCUACGGGAAACAGACCUCAGAAGAAGAAUAUCGUUUGGAAGAUAUAGAAGCCGAGCUGGAGUCGUUGCGAGAGGAUUUAGCUCGUACACGAGAAGUGCGCCAGGGAAAAAGUAAUGUGAAAUAUGUGACCGAAGACAUGCCUUCGGGUCGUACGAGAAUUGCCUCGUCUGAACAGGUCGAAUCUAGCCCAGCAAGUGGAGGGGAGGGAAAGCGUAUGGUGAUCACGACCGCUUCGUAUGCGAGGGUGCCUCGACAAGAUUCCAGUGAAUCCAGGACCAGACAGAGCUCCCAGGAUAAGAAGAGUUACUUGUAAACGACGAAAGAGGAUUUCAAACUGGGAAGAAUUUCAUACAGUAUUACAAUAUUCAAUAGCAUUUGACUCAUUGGUCCGAAGACCACAAAAUAGUUUUAAAACCUAUGGAAUAAUCAACUAUAGGAAUAUACUUUGAUAAUUUUUUUCUAAUGUAAACUUCAGGACAAUGAAAAUUGUGUACCCAUGAAGUUUACAUGUGUAUAUUUUUAUAUAGGUCAUACUAUAACGUUAUGUAGGUGUAGAUUGUAAUAUCACAGUCGCCAAACAACUCAGCCGGCGUGACUCCAUGUACAAUUGACUCCGUCGUUUUAUUAAAACUGCUGUGCCAUUUUUAUGGUAUUCUUAUGCCUUUAAAAAGGCUGAGCCACAAGUCAGCUUGUUUACGAGGCUUAAAUAUGAGAUUUUCGUGGUACAGUUAUAUAUAUAAAAACUCUUUGUCGACUCUAUAUUGGAGAUAUCCACGGGAGACUGAAUCAAACUUAAAACAUUCGUAUGGUUCCGAAUAUUACGCUGUUAAAUUAUCCGUAAUAUAUUAACUUGCUACUUCUCUUCAACCGAAAUCAGAAAAUUUUUAGGCCAAAAUAGAUAGCUCAAAUACGUAUCCCAGCAUUUUGUGUAACUGUACAAUGGCGGCUUAAACUGAGCCUGAGGCGAUUGCAUGAUAUUGCAAUUAUCAAUCAAAUAUAGAAUAUUUACUUUAAUAUUUUUCAAAAAUUUUUUUUGACAAAUUCCAUGCUUGAAUUAUCAAACAAAAUUUUGUAUAAAAUACUACCUACGUCCAGACGGAUACGAUUGUACUUAAUUGAUUUUUCAUGGAAUUGCCCAACUGUUCCUGAAACU